AUGGAAUUAAGAAUAAUAGGCAUUUUUCCAUUUGUAGUUAAGGAACCAGCUAAGCCAAAUAGCAAAAAUCGAACAACAGGAACUAUGGAAACAAAACCCAUUCAGUCAGUAACUAAAGAGAUCACUAGAGGUUGCUUGAUCGAGAAAGUUAUUCCUGCUAUUAGAGAAAAAUGGCCAGCUUCCGAUUCAAAUAAUCCUAUCUUUGUACAACAAGAUAACGUAAGGCCAUAUAUUGGUAACAAUGAUUUGAAAUUUAUUGACGCUACCCAACAAGAUGGAUUUGACAUUAGACUUUGUUUUCAACCACCGAACAGUCAAGAUUCAAAUGUUUUAGAUCUUGUUUUUUUUAGAGUGAUCCAAUCUCUUCAAUAUCAAAAGGCACCUAAAAAUGUUGAUGAAUUAGUGGAAGCGGUGGAAAGAUUUUUUGAUGAAAUGAAAGCAGAACAACUCAAUCAUAUGUUUCUUACUUUACAAUCUUGUAUGACUGAGGUGAUGAAAGAUAAUGGCGGCAAUAACUACAAAGUGCCUCAUUUGAGCAAAAAUGGACUAGAAAGAAAAGACAAUCUUCCUCUCCAACUUCAUUGUGAUAUUGAUAUUGUCAAUCAAGCUGCAGCUCUACUUCAACAAUGA